AUGUUUGACCACGAAACUUACCCUUCUCCUCCCACUCUGCCCGCUUCCAACAAGACUGACGUACUGACACUUAAUUAUAGCCCUACUCAUACUACUCGACCGUAUCUCCCUCUUGAUAUCUUCUUACUUAUCCGAUCUGUACUAAUCACAAACUCACAAAAAGCAACUGCCGCGAGGUUAAUGCAAUGUUCAAAAUCAUUCUACGAGAUCUUUUUACCUGUAUUACAAUACGGCCAGCUCGAACUAAAGAGUGGGAUCAAAGGAGAGAUUGGGGUGUUCGAAGGACUAAUGAUGUCUGAUAGCGAUGACGAAGAUGGUCAACUCAAACAAUCACAUUUCAGUACCUACCCAUUUCCAACUCUAUCAACGCACCGACGGAAACUGUCCUUACUCCAGCAAUGUAGACAUCUAAUCAUACAUGACUUACCAUCUGCUCUGUCAAUUAUCGACGCCCAGCGAUCUGUAGGAAAAGAAAGUCCGAUUUUCCCAAAUGUGGAAAAAGUCUUCUUUGGAAGUAAUCUCAUCUUAUCAUUAGCCAUGGAGCUAGACAAAGAAGGGUGCCAAGAUAUACAGAACUUAUCAGAAUUCAUCGACCCCCAAGAAAUAUGUAUAUGGUAUCCCUCGCCUAUCGCCUUCCCUGCCAAACACUCUGGUAUAUCACCUUCAUACUCCCUAUAUCGAAGCUUGGACUACGUCCAACUGGAUGAAAAUCGAUUUUACGAGAUAAUUCAUCAAACCUCCUCAUCCGGUGUCCCUCCAUCAUCUUCCACAGCAUUAUGCUGCGAUGAGAUAUACGAUAAAUCGAUUUCAUUAAAAUACUUCAUAUCAUCUUUCAAACCCUCAUGUAUCACUUUACAUAAUGUCAAUAUGCAAAGUAUAAUCUACAUUCCUUCGGUCAAAGAAUACAAAGUUUUUUACGCUACUUCAACUCAAGCAGGAUCGCCCAGUCGAUGUUCAAUACUCAAAGAUCUUUGGCUGGAAUCGUUGAGCCUCAAAAGAGCUGUUAGGAUCACAGAGGGCUUACCGUGGAAUAUUUGGAAAGAGGCUGGGAUAGAGAGGAAUUUCAUAUUUAUUGAUGCUGAAUUAUCGGAUCAUCACGCUGAUGAAGAAAACAUUAGUAUGGAGAUGGACUCACAUUCAGAAGUAGAAGAAGGUGAGAUCUCAGUGGCAGAAGAAGAAGAAUGCGGGAAGGUGGAGAAGUUAGUUAAAGGUUUGUUGAGAUCUUCUUCGACUUGGAAUGAUCAAUCUCAAGCGGGGAUAAGUUUUGUUCACAGGGGUGAAGUAGAUGGGUGUGACUGUUGUGGAAGUAAAUAG